GGCCGGACCGCCAGCUCCCGCCCGCUGCCCGGCACCAUGAAGCGCUGGCUGGGGCUGGGCGCCCGGCUGGGGCAGGUGGCCCAGGCCCGAGGGCUGCAGGGCGGCGCCGAGGCUUACAAGGCGGUGUCGGUGGAGGUGGGGAGCAGAAAUUUGAAAAUUUCCUCAGGAAAACUGGCCAGAUUUGCUGAUGGAUGUGCUGUAGUGGAGUUAGGUGAUACAUCAGUGAUGGUCACAGCAGUCAGUAAAACAAAGCCUUCUCCAUCUCAGUUCAUGCCUUUGGUGGUUGACUAUCGCCAAAAAGCUGCUGCCGCAGGAAGGAUUCCUACAAACUACCUCAGAAGAGAGCUUGGUUCCACUGAUAAAGAGAUUCUCACAAGCAGAGUAAUAGAUCGAUCCAUUAGGCCACUCUUCCCAGCAGGUUAUUAUUAUGAUACCCAGAUCAUUUGUAAUCUUUUAGCAGUAGAUGGUGUUAAUCAGCCUGACGUUUUGGCAAUUAAUGGAGCAUCUGCAGCACUUGCGUUAUCAGAUAUCCCGUGGAACGGUCCUAUUGGUGCAGUAAGAGUAGGAAUGGUUGAUGGAGAAAUUGUUGUUAAUCCAACUCGAAAACAAAUGUCUUCUAGUACCUUGAAUUUACUGGUUACUGGAGCGCCUCAUAGUAAAAUUGUCAUGUUGGAAGCCUCAGCUGAGAACAUAUUGCAGCAGGACUUCUGCCAUGCCAUCAAAGUGGGGGUGAAGCAUACCCAGCAAAUAAUUCAGAGUAUACAGCAACUGGUAAAAGAACAUGGUGCUGCCAAGAGAACUGUUCAGAAAUUAUUUAGUGCUCCAGCAGAUAUGGUUGAAUGUGCAAAGCAAUUUGCCUCUGACAAGGUCUGUGCAGUGUUUGCAGAUUUUACCCAUGACAAAAUUUCUAGAGAUGAAGCAGUGAACAAAAUAAGGCUUGAAACGGAAGAACUGUUGAAAGAGAAAUUUCCAGAGGCUGAGUCUUACGAAAUUAUUGAAUCCUUUAAUGUUGUUUCAAAGGACAUUUUUAGAAACUUUAUUCUGAAUGAAUACAGAAGGUGUGAUGGUAGAGACUUAACUUCUCUCAGGAAUAUCAAUUGUGAAGUGGAUAUGUUUAAAAUGCUUCAUGGAUCAGCAUUGUUUCAGAGAGGUCAAACACAGGUUCUCUGUACAGUAACAUUUGAUUCAUUAGAAUCAAGUGUAAAAUCUGAUCUUAUUUCAACAGCUGUGAGUGGAGUGAAAGAUAAAAACUUUAUGCUGCAUUAUGAGUUUCCUCCUUAUGCAACUAAUGAGAUUGGCAAAGUUACUGGUGUGAACAGAAGAGAACUUGGACAUGGUGCACUUGCAGAGAAAGCUUUGAAGCCAGUUAUUCCCCAAGAUUUCCCUUUCACAAUAAGGGUCACUUCAGAAGUCUUGGAGUCAAAUGGAUCUUCAUCAAUGGCUUCUGUAUGUGGUGGAAGUUUGGCAUUAAUGGAUGCAGGAGUCCCAAUAUCAGCUGCUGUGGCAGGUGUAGCAGUAGGACUGGUUACCAGAUGUCAGCCUGAGAAAAAUGGAGAAAUUGAGGAUUAUCGUUUGCUAACAGACAUCCUAGGAAUUGAAGAUUACAAUGGUGAUAUGGACUUCAAAAUGGCUGGUACUAAUAAAGGAAUAACUGCUUUGCAGGCUGAUAUAAAACUACCAGGGAUACCACUAAAAAUUGUAAUGGAAACCAUCCAGCAAGCCACAGUUGCAAAGAGAGAGAUCUUGCAAAUUAUGAACAAAACAAUUGCAAAACCCAGACCAAACAGAAAAGAAAAUGGACCAGUUGUAGAAACUGUUCAGGUGCCUAUCUCCAAAAGAGUAAGGUUUGUUGGGCCAGGCGGCUAUAACUUAAAAAAACUACAGGCUGAAACUGGGGUAACAGUGAGUCAGGUGGAUGAAGAGACAUUUUCUGUAUUUGCCCCAACACCUAAUGCUAUGCAUGAAGCACAAGAGUUUAUUAAGGAAAUCUGCAAAGAUGAUCAAGAGCAUCAGUUGGAAUUUGGAGCAGUUUAUACAGCCACAAUAACUGAAAUUAGAGAUACUGGAGUGAUGAUAAAACUGUAUCCGAAUAUGUCUCCAGUGCUACUUCAUAAUUCACAACUUGAUCAAAGAAAGAUUAAACAUCCUAGCGCCCUGGGAUUAGAUGUUGGCCAAGAAAUUCAGGUGAAAUAUUUUGGACGUGAUCCAACUGAUGGCAGAAUGAGACUUUCACGUAAAGUACUUCAGUCACCAGCCACAUCUGUAGUUAAAACUCUAAGUGACAAAAACAGUAUUGUAAUCGGAGGUGCAAUUCCAGAGUCAUCUAGCUCAUCCUGUUGACUAGUAAGAUCAUAAAAACUGUUAUGGACAUAUUAGUACAGAACUUUUUAAUGUAUGAACAAAUUUAUGAAUGCCAAGUUUAUAUAUUGUACAGAUAACAUUUUAAUUUUGUAUAAAUAUUGUUUGGUGCUGAUUAGUAUUAAAUUUUUCAUCACUGGCUGUUUCAUUCUGUGUCACAAAAAAGCUUAAUUUCUUGUUACAAAUUAUGUAAAAUUGCUGAGGAAAAAUUGACAAUUCUAGACUUUCGGUAGGCUAUCCUAUAUAAGCUGUCAGACAAAGCUAUCUUUAUUUUUAAGAAGUCUUGCUCAUAAUGCCAAAGAGCAGAUACAACCCCGUUUAAAGAAAUGUAAAAUUGGCUGCUUUCUUGAAAGUUCUGACCAUCAUACUGGAAUGCCUGAAGCUCUGACCCUUACAUAUUUGACUGUAUAAUAGACUUAGAUUAAGCUUUUUCAAAAGAAUACUAUGUGCAUUUUUUUUCUUCGGAAGCAAAGGAGACAGUAGACAAAGGUGACUGUAAAAUGAAGGCAAAAUUCUUGCCAGGUCAUUGGCAAAUGAAAAUUUUUAGUAAUUAUAACUUACGAUAUUGUCACUGGUUUAAAACAAACUUAUUCUCUAGAUUUGUGGAGCUUUAUGCUAAUUUAGAGAAAUACAGAAAUAAACUUAAUUGACUUUUAGCACCAUUUUGAAUGCGGAACCUUCUUGAUUAAACUAAUAUUUUGGCAUUUGGUCCCUCGGAAAGAGUAGCAUCCUGCAUUUUCUUCAAAAGUUGACACAGUAAGCAAAUAAUCUCACUUAAUAAAAAUCAUACUCUACUAAAACUUGCAGACUGACAAUAGUGGGGAAAAAAGUACACACACAAACUAUAAAAGCUAAGAGGUGAGGUAAAGUCUCAUAAUUUAAAGUUGCUGUUAGACAAUUUGGCUAAAAUUCCAUCAGAGUAAGAGAAUCAAAAAUCUCAAGUUGCACAGUGGGAAGUGUAGACUUCUGUAGUUUUAUAAAAUAGACAUUUUCAAAGUUAUUUCAGAAAUAUCUGAAAACAUUCUAGUGUAAAAGGUAGACUUGAGAAGCCAUUCACUGACAAUCCUUUACAUAAUCAAAAGUUUUGGCGUUACUUUUCUCUUGUUGAGAUGUUCCACUUUUAUCUUGGUGCAGUUUCUCUCAAAGUGGGCAGCGGGCCCUCUUUAGAAAGCUGCUAACGGGCCACUCCGGUUUUGCGUCUACCUUGGCUGCAAAUGGCAAAUAGUAGCCAAUGGGAGCUGCAAGGCUCCAAGUAAAUAAACCAGAGCAACCCAUUAGCAGCUCUCUCAAUGUGGGCCAUAAACACUGGCUUAGCACAAUGUACCUCUGUUAGUCAGUGCCCAGUCGCAGGACAUAACCCUAUAAUGAAGAUUGUAAGGGAAAUUUCAGCAAUCUGCAAGGUAUGUAGAAUUCACUACUUUAAUAUGAGUAGUGUUUAACCUCAGUUUCAUGGCUUAUUUCAGAUAUAAAUAAAUUUACAAUAACUAAAGUGAAAGCACCACAUUUAUAAAGAACAUUAGCAAUUUUAUAAUACUAAAAUGUGUAGUAGAAACACAGAGAGUCUGUUAUUGGAACUUACCAUUUAGAAUUAAAUGCUAAUGAACCCUCCCAAAAUAAAGUAUAGAAUAAAUAGAAAUAUUGAGAUUGUAAUGGAUUUUUCCCCCCAGUUUUGAGUUUUAAACCAUUGUGCCUGGUAUAGGUUCCAAAAAUCUUGUUUUGAAGAAUGAUAAAACUCCUUCACUAAAUUAUGUUCAGUCAAGAUGAUUUCUUUAGAGUCUCUUAAGUUCAAAGAGACAUUUUUUAAAAGGGUAUAAUAAUUAACUGUUUGUUCAACACCAUGUGUUGAGGCUUCCAAAAAUCCAUUAAGGCAGCACCCAUGCGUAUGCUGGUCUCAAAUUUUAAAGAUCUGAUCUAUUUGUAGAAAACCAAGUUUUCCAUCAGUAGCAAACAAUCUCUGAAGCACCCAGAAUAAAAGAAGUGGAGCAACGUGCAGGAAAAUACUUGUGUUUGUGGAGGAGAAAUAUGAACCUCUAACUGUGAAUAUACAGCCACAAAUAUUUUGCAGUUUUUUCUUGGUAAAUAUUAAAAGGACAUUGAACCAGUUA